GGCCUGUUGCGACCCUCCUGUCCAGUAGGUGGCGCUACCGGUAGGUUCCUGUAGGUGUCAGCUCCGCUACAUGUGUCAUUGACAUCAACAGAGGCACAAUGAGGCUGACCACUCUGCUGUCGAUGGCAGCCAGGGUCAUUGUGCCCAAAGAUUACCGUUACGGCACCAACAGGCCGUGGACAGCCGCUGCUAAAAGGUUAAAUCCACCGGGGAAGAGGAGGAGGAAGGUGUUUGUUGAGCCGAUAGCGCCAGAGGAGUGGUCUGUGCUCAAAGGGGACACGGUUGAGAUUCGGAAAGGCAAUGACAAGGGAAAGCAGGGGAAAGUUAUCCAAGUCUUCAGACGCAGAAACUGGGUCAUCCUGGAGGGACUGAACACACAUCACAGGUAUAUUGGAAAAACUGCAGAUUACCGUGGGACGUACAUUGCCAGUGAGGCUCCCAUCCUGGUCCGUGAUGUUGCCCUCGUUGACCCCUCAGACAGGAAACCCACCGAGGUCGAGUGGAGGUUCACAGAAGAGGGUGAGAGAGUCCGAGUGUCGCUCAGGACGGGGAGAAUCAUCCCGAAACCAGUUGUGGAGCGACGAGAUGGCAUUGUGCCGCAGCAGUGGAAAGAUGGACCUAAAGAUACCAGUCCCGAAGAUGCUCUUGAAAAGACAUACAUACCAUCUCUGAAAACCCUGGAGGAGGAGGUCAUGGAGAAACUCGGUAUCCAGGAGAACAGGAGGCACCGAACGUCCUACUGGUACUGACCAGACAAAUCAGAGACACUUAGCCUCCCCUUUGUGCUGACCAGUUUUCACAGGAGCUCUGGACAUACCUUGUUCUGGAGUUGAGCAGAAGGUCAGGUCAAACAGAGACUGUGAAGAUACCAAGUGGAGGCUGUACGGACUCUUAACAAACUGCUGCACCAUGAAAAUGAUCUGUAAACAAUAUGAGGAAGUGAAGUCAGACUGCAGUUCACUUAGGUGUCCCUUUGUUUCUUUAUAGUGUUGUGAAUAAAUGUCAGACUAAAGUG